CCUCACAGCUUCAUCAAAGACAAACUCAACACAUGGAAACAGAAGCUGAUGGAGAGGACUGUGGAGGUACAGAACCAGCCAGGAACUCACAUCCACUGAAGACUGAGACUGAAGACCACACUGGAGACUGUUCUGAACCUGAUACUGAUGACAGUGCUGAUUGGAAGGAGACCAGAGAAACUCAGUCAGCUUUAAACUCUCUGAAACAUGAUUCAAGACCCAGUCCGCAGACCGGCGAGAAGAAACUGCUGAAUGCUAUCAGUGGGCUGUCUCGUCGGCUUACUCUGCUUGCUGCCGAUGUGAAUAAGCAGUUCACCGUAGUAAACUCCAGGUUGCCGUCCAUAGAGGAUAGGUUGGCUGCUUUGGAGUCGAAAAACUGUGUGGAGGAGACCAACUCUAAGAAGAGACGACGGGUGAACAAUCCCAAGAUUGCAGAAGUAGUACGCCGUCUUCACAACUCAGAGACAAAUUGUAGGCGCUACAAACCGGAGCAAGGACAAACCUCGCCUCAUAACGAGGCUGUGACAUCCUAUUUACUCGGAGCUAUUUCUGCAAGUCCAGAUUUACAUGAUGUUGAUAAUGACACCAUUGUGUCUGCCUGUAAGACUUAUUACGAGACGGUACGCAAGAACUUCAAGUACAAACAACCAGAUCUUGCAUCGCGGGCGGAAGCUGUGAAGAGUUCAGCUCGGAGUCGAUCGAGAAGAAAGAGGCUGCUGGAAGCGAGACAGAGUGUGUUAGCAGAAGAUGAGGUGGACCUUUGGAAGUCUGCCAGCGUAGACCUGAUGUCUGAUGAGGAAGACGGCAUCGUUGACGGGGUGUCUGGAUGGAUUGUGCGACCUCCGUCCUUUCGCAGCCAGGAGCUCACCGAGCUCUGUGCCAAGCUGCAGUCGAGAUUAGAGGCGAUUCCGAAGUACAGGGCAACGCACCACAGACGUCUGCAAAAUGGACCGAAUUCAGACAGAAGGCCGCCAGUUACCUACAGCUCCGAGGCGGCAAACGGACACUUGACGGUGCUGUAGGAUUUUGGGCUUCUCGUGAGCUUCCCAUUUGUUGUGUGGGCAGAUCUCCUAAACUUUGUACAUAGUUGUGUGUUUGCGUUUGUGCUAAUAAAGGUCUAUCUUUGAAAAAACUGCACGUUCUUGGCAAAUUUUCUUUUCCUCAAUAAAUUAAUUAAUGUCCUUGAUGGUGAUAAUAGUGUAGCCCAUAGGAUAACAAGGACAUGAAUAUACAACAUAAUGGCAUAUCAUAUGAAUAU